GUUCGACAUACAUGAAUUGAACAGCUUGUGUAAUUUGAAACUUUAUUUACCAUGUCGGUCUUUAGAAACUUAAGAGAUGCAUGCAUUAAUUUCCAAGAGGAUCUAGAAAAUGAUUCUACCCAGUUAUUCUGUCCUAGAAUUGGGCAAUCUUACGAUGAAGAAAUUGUUAAUAAAAUGCAAGAUUUAUUACUAUUUUCUGCCAAGUUAAGGCUUCUGCAGGCAAAAUCUAUAUCUAUGAGCCCCGAUCGCCCACAACCAAGCCCCGAAGAAGCGACAAUGGCCCAGUACGAAGACGCGGCCACGUGGAAAGUCCUGGAACAGAAGACUGUCAAGAGCGUAACCCAAUUCCAUGAUGUGAAGAGGCUGAUAACUACACCGGAUAGCAGGCUGGAACCAGAGCAGAUGGCGAGGAAAGAAGAAAUCAUCGCCAAACUAAAAGAAUACAGAUACAAAGAGGAGAAGCUUCGAGAGACCGACGCGUUGCUAACCAAGGCUGAUGAGGAGCACAGUGCGCUCCGGGAACAGUGGGACGAGGAGUUGGGUGAGCUGCGGGAUAUGAGCGAGCAGGCGAUCGCGGACGAUGAGAUUGAGGAGGGACCCUUGCAUAACAAACUGCAAGUGUUAGUACAGAAGAUGGAGAUGAUGCGAUGGCUGAUAUCUCGGCUGGUGACCUCGCGGUCGAGCUACGACUGGCUGACGGACCCCGACCGUCGGCUGCGGGCGCUCAAGAUGGCGCGCGAUAUCAACACCAUCGAGGCUUAUACCGGGAUGUAG